UAAUCCAGAUGUUUAUUUCAGUAGCUCUUCUAUGUCUAAUUCUACCUCUCUUUCCCACUCCUACUUUUGAAAGUUCCUACCUCUCCUCUGCGCUUUCCCAAUUUAAACGUUACCAGCUUAGUGGUGGGGCAAAGAGGUGGAGAAGAAUAGGCGCGGGUGUUCAAGCUCUCUCCGCCCUACGCCUCUCGUAAUUGUACAUACCCUGCUUAGUGCACAGGCUUGCUCUCCCAGACCUAGGGGUUGUUUCAGAACCGAACAGGGCUCUUUCUCAGGCGGCUGGACCCGGUGGCAGAAAGCACUGGCACCACAGCUCGGUGGGGAGCCGCCCUCCUUUGGUUCCUGCUGCGCCCGGGCUGCGGAGGAGGGAGUGGAGGAGAUCGAGGAGCAUAGAAGGGGCUGGGAGAGUGAGCUCAGAUUCAACUCUGGGAAUUUCUUCCCACACUGGCCCCGGGGCACUGGGCUGGACUGGAUGAACUGAAUGGGACUGCGCCCUCUGGGAUAUUCAGGAGUCCCUUAGGGGAGCUUGGCUGCUCUGGGUCUGCCAGCAGCUGAGGCCAAGCGCAAGGAAAAGAGAGAAGGACCUGAGGACUAGCUAGUUCCAGGCCCAGGGCAAUUGUGCUAAACAUGGGGCCAACUGGAGCACAGACUGAAGAGAAUCAGACAACGGAGGAAACAGAGGUUGAAUGGUAUGAGACAGUACAAACUACCCCAAGAGGUCAGCUAGCCCCUGACCCUAAACCAGGUCUUACUGAUAGCACCAAGCUGAUUGAAGUUCAGGUUGUCCUCAUCUUGGCCUAUUGCACCAUCAUCUUGCUGGGAGUGAUUGGCAAUUCCUUGGUGAUCCAUGUGGUGAUCAAGUUCAAGAGUAUGCGUACUGUCACCAACUUCUUCAUUGCCAAUCUUGCUGUUGCUGAUCUUCUAGUAAACACACUGUGCCUCCCCUUCACCCUUACUUACACCUUGAUGGGGGAGUGGAAAAUGGGUCCUGUCCUAUGCCACCUGGUGCCCUAUGCCCAGGGCUUGGCAGUGCAAGUGUCCACAAUCACCCUAACCGUGAUUGCCCUAGAUCGACACCGUUGUAUUGUUUACCAUCUGGAGAGUAAGAUUUCCAAAAGGAUCAGUUUUCUGAUCAUUGGACUGGCCUGGGGAAUUAGCGCCUUGCUGGCUAGUCCCCUGGCUAUCUUCCGGGAAUAUUCUCUGAUUGAGAUCAUACCAGACUUUGAGAUUGUGGUCUGUACUGAAAAGUGGCCAGGUGAGGAAAAGAGCAUGUAUGGUACCAUUUAUAGUCUGUCUUCCUUGCUGAUCUUAUAUGUUCUGCCAUUGGGCAUCAUAUCAUUUGCUUACAUACAAAUCUGGAGUAAGCUGAAGAAUCACAUCAGCCCUGGGGUGGCCAACGACCACUACCAUCAGCGUCGGCAUAAGACCACCAAGAUGCUAGUGUGUGUAGUGGUAGUGUUUGCAGUCAGCUGGCUGCCUCUCCAUGCCUUCCAGCUUGCCAUUGACAUUGACAACCAGGUCCUGGACUUGAGGGAAUACAAGCUUAUUUUCACAAUAUUUCACAUCAUUGCCAUGUGCUCUACCUUUGCCAAUCCCUUUCUUUAUGGCUGGAUGAAUAGCAACUAUAGAAAAGCCUUCCUCUCUGCCUUCCAUUGUGAGCAGAGGCUGGACUCCAUCCACUCAGAGGUGUCAGUGACAUUCAAAGCCAAGAAGGACCUUGAAGUAAAAAAGAACACUUGUGCCAAUGACUCUUUCACUGAGGCCACCAAUGUCUAAGGAGCUUCAUUUCUGAAAAGUUGGAUGAUGGAUUCCAACUAGAGGCAUCAAGUGACUUUCAGAGAAGUCCUUAGGCAUAUCUUCUUUCAACCCAUUCCAAGGAAGUAAACCAGCUCUUGAGUCAAUAUUUCUGCUGGCGAUUCCUUGGAGAGCUGACUGCCAAUAUCUAUGUGCAACUGUGCAAACUGAAACAUACCAAAAGGAGAUUGUUUUCAGUGGAUUCUGGGCUGAAUUACGAGCAUAAACAGAAAAGGUUCACAUGAUUUCUUUCCAAGAAAGUAGAAUUUUGCAUGUAAAGUCUACAGGAAGAGAUGGCAUGAUCAACAUUUCAGUGAAGAAAGAAGAUAAAUAAAUUUACCUGAAAGCUCCCAACAUUUUAAAGCUAUGACUAGGGAUGUCAAUGUGUCUCAAAACAUGUACCUCUUCUCACAAAUUACUCAGCAACACAGUUUUCUCCAGGAAACAGCAUGAUGUUCUUGGAUGUGUUUUUUUAUGUAUUUCUCAUCUCUGUUCCUAAAAACUGCUACUAGAGGGAUUCUUUCAGAUAGGCUGAUGAACAUUAUUCUUUAGAAGACUAGGAAAUAAAAUGAAGUCUUCAGUAUUAACACUUUGACAUUUGGAAGAGAAAAUGCAUGACGCAAUGGGAAAACCUUUCUUAAAAUAAAAUUCAUAUUUGGUAAGCAUAUCUUGACCUAAGAGGGUCCAAGAUAGAACUUUCCAGCAGAACGUAGUAAUGUAAACUCCCAUUAACUUUCUGGUUGAGCAUAAUUUCUGCUUUUUAUCUAGAUAAUACAGAUAGGUAAAACAGGAUAUGAUUUGAUCAUUUUGAAACACUGCUAAUUGUUUUGACUUUUUAAACAUUUAUGGUUUGUUUCACUCAUCCCAGUUUAGGCCUGGGCUCACCAUUUUGACAUAAACACUCAGGUUUACAAAUGAAGUGUAGGUGGAAUAUGAAAAAAACUAGACAUUCAUUCAACUGUCCAUAGUAACCCUCAGCACUUCUUGUAACCAUUACUAAGAUGUUGCAGCUCAAGUAUCAAACACAAUUUACAGACUGCAUCUUGUACUGUGAUUUUCUUCCAUAUCCCCUCCCCAUCUCUUCCCUUUAUGGGUUCAUUUAGAAUAAAGAAAACAACACAAUUACUUCCAAGUGGAACCCACUGGGUAUAAAGCAGUUGGAUUCUUUCCAUCCCAUACAUAUACUCUUUCAAUCAAUUUCACUGUGAUUGUUCAUUGUUUUUUCCCUCAAAAAUAGUGUUGUUGUUGAGAAUGUAGAAAUAGAUAUGUAAUAUUCUUAUUGUAUAAAUCUAUAGUAGGAAUUCGCUAUAAUCUUAUGACUUUGUUUUGAAAAAUUUCAUUAAUAUAAUGUUUAUUUAUUUGAAAAGAUAUUAAUUACCCUGUUCCUUUUCCAAUAAGGGUUAACAUGUCUGAAUUUCAAGGUAGGUUUGUGGAUAUGAUUCCAGUCAAUGUAAGUCCUUGAUAUCUGAGAAUUACAGGGGACAUUAGCUUCAGCCAAGGGAAGAUCUUGAUAUUUCACAAUUCUGAAAGGGCUGAGGGUUGGAAAGAUGCUUUCCAAUGGGGAAUCCUUGGUGUAUGAAAAUGCUGUAGGAAGAGGGACUUAGUUCAUUGCCAUAAGACAAGCCCCAUAAUGAUGAGUUUUAGGGACUCUUUUCUUUCUCCCCAUUGAAAGGUUCUUUGGAGGGGCUAUUUCUCCUGCCUCAGAGAAGCAGUAUUUUUAUGACUCUCAACACAAUUACCUAACUAUAUUUAAGUAUACUUAGUCUUUUGAAAACAUAAAGAAGUUUCAAUACCAUCAAAUUGUGUUUGUGGUGAAGUGUAAGUGCCAUCUAGAAAUAACUACCACAUUAAAAAACAAUUAAUUGGAUAUUGCUGAUGUUUGGUCUCAUAAGCAAACAUGAGCAUUAUGAAUUGGAGAAAUCCAAUUUUUUAUGCUGGGCAAUAUUAUGUGUAAAGUAGGAUGGAUUCAAAGUCAGGCUGACUAUAUUCUGAUCCCAGCUCUGCCUCUAUAUUUGGGUGACUUUGGGAAAGACAUUCAACUUUUCACAGGCUUAUUGUUCCCAUCUGUGAAAUGGGGGUGCAGUAUGCAACCAAUUCUAAUGUCCCUUCCAGUCAUGAAUCCUCUUACUAAGUAUGCAUUAUUUAAAUAUGGGGGUGGGGCUUAGAAAUAAAAGAUUGCUUCUGAAUCAGACCAAAAUUCUGUGAAGUAAUGAGAGAAGGAAAGUACUACAAGAAGUGAGAUUAGAAAGAAAAUGAAUUGGUGUAUUAUGUAUAUUGCUACAGUAUUAUAUAAUUAAAAAUUUUAGUUAUGUGUUAUAUUGAAUUUUCUGCCUACAUCAAUUUUGUCUCUGAAAUACUAUGUCCAUUUCUUAGGAUGUUACUUAGGUCAAUUGUUGGUUAGACAUAAUGUGUAAAUAAUAUGUAAUUUAAUUCUUCCCAGGAAAGCCAUUCCUGAAGGAGAUACCCAUAUAUUUUUCAAACAGCUACAAUGUGAUGGUACAAUUAUAGUUUGUGUGUAUUUAUUUCAUCUACUUAAUAUUGGACUCUUUUGACAACAAAAAAUUAUUGAACUGAGAAACGUAUUAAUAAAAUAUUUCUUUUUGUGUUA